AUGGGGGGACUACGAGGCUGCAAGGGGGUCUGCGAGGCUGCAGGACUGCGAGGCUGCAAGGGGGAAGGACUGCGAGGCUGCAAAGGGGGGUCUGCGAGGCUGCAAGGGGUGCGAUGCUGCAAGGGGGGGUCUGCGAGGCUGCAAGGGGGGGUCUGCGAGGCUGCAAGGGGGGUGCUACGAGGCUGCAAGGGGGGGGGGGGGGGCUGCGAGGCUGCAAGGGAGGGGAAUGCGAGGCUGCAAGGGGGGGGGCUACGAGGCUGCAAGGGGGGGCUACGAGGCUGCAAGGGGGGGGACUACGAGGCUGCAAGGGGGGUCUGCGAGACUGUAGGACUGCGAGGCUGCAAGGGGGAAGGACUGCGAGGCUGCAAGGGGGGACUACGAGGCUGCAAGGGGGGGCUGCGAGGCUGCAAGCGGGGAGGACUGCGAGGCUGCAAGGGAGGGGACUACGAGGCUUGCAAGGGGGGCUACGAGGCUGCAAGGGGGGGUCUGCGAGGCUGCAAGGGGUGCGAUGCUGCAAGGGGGGGUCUGCGAGGCUGCAAGGGGGGGUCUGCGAGGCUGCAAGGGGGGUCUGCGAGGCUGCAAGGGGGGUGCUACGAGGCUGCCUGGGGGGGGGCUGCGAGGCUGCAAGGGAGGGGUCUACGAGGCUGCAAGGGGGGGCUACGAGGCUGCAAGGGGGGGCUACGAGGCUGCAAGGGAGGGGACUACGAGGCUGCAAGGGGGGGUCUGCGAGGCUGCAAGGGGUGCGAGGCUGCAAGGGGGGUCUGCGAGGCUGCAAGGGGUGCGAGGCUGCAAGGGGUGGUCUGUGAGGCUGCAAGGGGGGGGUCUGCGAGGCUGCAAGGGGGGGCUAUGAGGCUGCAAGGUGGGGGACUACGAGGCUGCGAGGGGGGGACUACGAAGCUGCCUGGGGGGUGGGCUUCGAGGCUACAAGGUGGGGGACUACGAGGCUGCAAGGGGGGGGCGGCGAGGCUGCAAGGGAUGGGACUACGAGGCUGCAAGGGGGGGGCUACGAGGCUGCAAGGUGGGGGCUACGAGGCUGCAAGGGAGGGGACUACGAGGCUGCAAGGGAGGGGGCUACGAGGCUGCAAGGGAGGGGGCUACGAGGCUGCAAGGUGGGGGCUACGAGGCUGCAAGGUGGGGGCUACGAGGCUGCAAGGGGGGGACUAA